UACCGAUACGUCGCAAGGAGUCCUCAAACGUUCAAGAUGGCGGCGCCCGGUACAGACGCCGGUGAGUUUGAAAACUGGCUGAAUGGCCGGUUAGAUUCUUUAGAAGUGGACCGCGAGGUGUACGGAUCUUACAUUUUAGGUGUUUUACAAGAGGAGGAGUGUGACGAGGAGAAAGAAGACGCAAUUCGAGGGAUCUUAUCCGCAUUUGUGGAUGAAGAUACCGUGGAAGAUGUCUGCCAACAGAUUAUUAAGGAGUGGACGGCGAGUUGCAGCCGAUCAGCAAAAAGAAGAGAAGUUGAAGAUGCUGAAGUCCAGGCUAUCGCCAGCAUGAUCGAAAAACAGGCCCAGAUUGUAGUGAAACAGAAAGAGGUGUCAGAGGAGUCACAGAAAAGGAAAGAAGCGCUCCUGGCUCAGUAUGCCAAUAUAACUGACGAUGAGGAUGAAGGGGAAGAGGAGGAGCAACCAAGUGGUAAUCCUAUUCCAGGGAAUGAAAAAUCCCUGUUCAGAAAUACUAACGUGGAGGAAGUGCUACAUAGACAAAAGCAGAAGCGGGACCAAGCCCGUGAGGACGCUCAAAAGAAGAAAGAAACGGACAAGAUGCAGCGAGAGAAGGACAAACUGGCCAAGCAAGAAAGAAAGGACAAAGAGAAGAAGCGUACACAGAAAGGAGAACGAAAAAGAUAGAACAAAAGAAAGACAGUUUAUGAGGUUUCGUUGAGAAAUAUUGCCCUUUUUUUUAACUCAAUCUCAUUCGCACACGGUGGUAUGCGAACAUAACAUGACGACAACAUAGUAAAAACAUUUUCUUACUGCAUGUGCAAAGUCCAUUUCUUAAAGUCAGCUUUGUGGUAGUGGAAAACAAUUCAAGUUUCCUGCUUCCUGACGUGCAAAGUGAAAACACAGACUUUUCCAUUUAAAAAAAAUAACAUUCAGUUUAAAAGCCUUAAUUGACAAACUGUAAUCUCCAUGUCUACAUACAUGUUAAAUGCUAGAGAACAUCUUUAGACUACACAAUUUACAUUGUGUUUAAUUUAAGGGGCAAAAAAUGAGCAAGUGGAACUAUUUCUUCCCUUCUAAAUAAAAGAUUUUUGAUCCUA